UACUAAAGGUAGAAUUUGAUUUAAAGAAUUUGGACCGUGGGGAGCAAAGCAGCACCUCUUCAGGGCUGCCCUCCUCCCCAUAAACACACCUCCCCUCGGUGAAAUGUAUGGAAGCACUGCGGCAGACUGCGUGUAUUUGCAGGCUGCAUGGCUGCCUGGCUCAGCGUUCAAAGGCAGAGCGGAAGAUAGGAGGAGGGGAAUGACUACAGCAGGAGAGGAGGAGGAGGGAGGGUGGACAGUUUCCUUUCUGUAACACACGCCACAGGAACACACCGCCGGGGAAAAAACGAGGAGAGGGAAGAAAAUAAUAACCAAGAGAGCGAGAAGGAAGCACCGCAGCCCCUCCGUCUGUGCGCCCGUCCUUUUUUUGUUGGCUCUUUUUCCGUUUAAGCCCCAGAAAACGUUUUCCCCCCUCUUGCGGACUAACAUGGACAAAGAGAGCUCAUGAGGAGGACUGACUUUCAGUGAACCUCUUCUCUGGAGCUGAUAGGGAGGAAAAAGGCGACGGGGAAGACAUGUUUGAGGGGCUCUUCGUCUUCUGGUUACAGUAGGCUGCUGUCGGUGUUCCACUCUAAACACUCGGCUCCGGUAAGAGUAGAGGAGGCUUUAAAAAACGGGGAAAAUGGAAAGUGAGCUCUGCAGCCAGUUGGUGUGUGUUUAAUUGGUUUUGUUAUGGUCUGAAAUAAGGCAGGCCUCUGAGUCAGCCCGGCAGUAAAUAAAUACACGGAGAGCAGAGAAGGGGCUACCUGCUUAGCUUCCAAUUAAAACUGCUUUUUAUUUUACAGGGACAGUUUCAUAUUUGUUAGAGUAAAAACAAAGCAGGCUUUUAGCUAUUUGUUGCUAAAGAAAUUUACAAACACACCAACUCUUUAUAGGGUUUAUACAAGGGCCCAAAAAAAUCGUGCCCUAUUAAGACGUUUUUCUUUAUCCUCCACCGUCAGGCUUUAGGCACGGAGGUGCAGAAAAUUAGGGUAGGCGAUCUUAGCCUCGGUUUAGUUCGGGAAAAAAAGGAACAAAAGAUUUUUUUAAAUGUUAAUGUCGACCGACGUCGCAUCCAUCAUGCUGCCGGUGUCCCGGGCUCUCCUGGACCGGGACAGAGAGCUGGACACCAUGGCCGGGGUGCACGCCAACCCGGGCGGCGCUCCGGCGGCUGUGCGGGGCAUGAAGCGCGGGGACCCGGAGCCCGACGGCCAGGCGGCGGCCGCGCUGGUGGACGCGGCCGGGGCGGAGUGCAAGCGGCCCCGCAUCGAUGGCUCUGGAGGGAUCGGCGAGGUUGGACAGAACAACGAUCCUUUGACCCUCAGCUACCAUGGAUACCCAUCUCACAGUCAGGGCUCUCAGGAUAGUGCUGGCGGUCAGGAGGGACUCGUACCCCCACCCUUCUCUGCUUUCCCACCUCCUCCGCCUCCGCCUCCUCAGAACGGCCUGGCUCUGGAUUACGGGGGCAGCCUGUACGCAGCAGGAGCUGUGCAGGGCCCCGUGGAAGCUGGUGGAGCAGGGAACAGCGUAGCCAACGCCGCCAACAGCCUCAGUGGGCAGUCUGAUGGCUCCUCUCAGAUUGACGGGCAGUCUGGAGUUGGCUCAGGUGGAGGGGGUGGCGGUGGGGGCCCUGGCGACGAUUCAGAUGGCAAGGGGAUGCCCAAACGUCUCCAUGUAUCUAACAUCCCGUUCCGCUUCCGAGACCCCGACCUACGGCAGAUGUUUGGGCAAUUUGGCAAAAUCCUUGAUGUUGAGAUCAUCUUCAACGAGAGGGGCUCCAAGGGCUUUGGGUUUGUUACAUUUGAGACAAGCGCCGAUGCGGAGAGGGCCAGGGAAAAGCUGCACGGCACGCUGGUGGAAGGACGUAAAAUCGAGGUCAAUAAUGCCACAGCCAGAGUGAUGACGAACAAGAAAAUGACCACACCGUACUCUAAUGGAGAGGGCCUCGCAGCACUACCAUAUGCUGGUUGGAAGUUAAGUCCUAUGGUUGGAGCCAUGUACAGUCCUGAGCUCUAUACAGUUCCAGGGUUCCCGUACCCGGCAGCAGCAGCAGCGGCUGCCGCCUCCACUGCUGCAACCUUUCGGGGAGCUCAUCUGCGAGGGCGAGCUCGGCCCGUCUACAGCACAGUCAGAGCCGCUGUUCCACAACCUGCAAUCCCGGCGUACCCAGGUGUGAUGGCCUAUCAGGAUGGUUUUUACAGUGCAGCUGACCUCUAUGGCGGCUAUGCAGCGUAUCGUUACGCCCAGCCGGCUGCUGUAGCAACUCCUGCAGCAGCAGCCGCUGCAGCUGCAGCUUACAGUGACAGCUAUGGACGAGUUUACACGACAGAUCCCUACCAUGCUGCACUGGCCCCAGCAGCCUAUGGUGUUGGAGCCAUGGCUACGCUCUACAGGGGAGGCUACAGUAGAUUUGCCCCUUAUUAAAAGACACUACAUGUCCCAGGAUCUCCCCUCUCCCAUUGAAUUAUUCCGAAAGAGCUCCCUCUGUUGUCCUGGAGGUGGACUGCGUCCUGUUUUAAAGUGUGGAGUUGACCACAGCAAAGCUAUUUUAGAUCCCACCCCAGAGCAGUCCAUCUUUUUCUUAUCUAAGCUUCUACAAAAAUAGAGGAAUGCUGUAUUAAAGACUGAAGGUUCGCCUUUACAUGAAAAAAAUAAAUAAAUUGACUGAAAAACGGCCACCUUCUCAAUUGCACGGCUGUAUUAUAGUCUCCCCCUGUUAUCCCCUCGGCACUCAGCAGCACAAGAUUUCUGGAACGAAGCACAGGCGUUCUUCCAAAGGCUGUAUGUGGAUAAUGGACAUUUGAGCAGCUGCCUUAGAAGGAGCCGAGCGCCGGCUGGCCUGCACACAGUCUGUGGAAAAUGAGAGGGAAGCAGUCUUGAGAGAGGAGUAAGGUGCCUUCAAAGAGAGCACCAGAAGAAGAUUUUUGAACCAGAAAGAUGAAAUGAUAAAAGCACCCACUGGUGGAUUUUAGAGUCCGUCCUCAAUGUCGGCAGAUGGUAAAUGGAUGCGUUCCAUUCGUGCUGCGUUCUGCUAUGAGGAAGACUGAACCCAGCAUCUUGGAGAAAUGAUGGAAAGCUGAAGGAGGGAGGGUUUAUUAGAGCUGUUCCUUACCUCAAGUUUCUCUUUGUAUGUGGAAAUGGUAAACCUUUAAACUUAAAAAAAUUGUUAUGAUAUGCAAAGAAAUUAGUUUAGAGAAACAAAGUACCAAAUUUAUUAUUACUAUUAUUGCUAUUGUAAUUAUUCUCAUUCUUCUUAAUAUAAAACCAUUAUUUUGUUUGAGACAGCUGCACCACUGUGGUGGAGGUUCAUCAAUGAAACCUUGGGGGGUGGGGGGCAUAAAAAAAAUGCAUCUAUAUUAAAAACACUCCACUCUUCAGUAAUAUACCAACUAUAUCUCACAUCUUCUCGGUCAUGCACAGAAUUUCAAAACAUCAUCUGUGUGUGGCCAUCACAGAACACUGCAAAAAGUGCAACACUACACUGUAAACAUUUUCUUGUUAAGUUUACAUCCAGUUGGAGAUCAUCUUGCAGCCCCAGGGGUUGUUCAGGUUUCUGGUGGUCUGUUUCAUGUAGAGCUCUAUGAAUUAGACUUUCCCCCUCAUUCUUCAUCUUUUAUAGAGUCCAGCAAUGGAUGAGUCUUCCUGAAACAUACUUUAGUUGGUAAUUGCGUUUUAAGAUGCUGCCAACAGCAAUUACUGAGCAAGACAGAGAUUCCGUUGGUGAGUUGAUAGUAAAUAUUUAAAUGCAAAACACAUUACUAUUGUGCAUAUUUCUAUACUAUUGUACCCUAUAUUUCCAAAAUGUGGCUUUUCUUUUGGCUUUUUUUUUUUUUUUUUUUGUUCCAAAGAUUUGUAGAAAGCACAUUUUUCUGCCCUAUCAAUAUAUAUAUAAAAAUAUAUUACCUGUAAUAUUAUCAUGCUAUUAUAGCUGUCUUUAUUUACGUUGUUUUCAUUCUCUGCCUUUGUUUUUUGUUUUUUUUUUUUUUUGUGUUUUUUUUUUAUAUAUAUAUAUAUAUAAACGUGUGGUGUUACUUCUCUAGUAAGGUGCAAAUUUCAACUUUUUGGUUCGGAUUAAAAUUAUUGAGCUGAGAGCAUACAUCAGUAGAGUAAUUUAAAGGUAUGCAGGUAACGUCACCAAAGUGUUUAUUAUUUGUCUUUUUAUUUUUUUAAUUGGUCAUAGGAUUUGUUAUGACAUGUAAUCAUAUUUCACAAAUACAAAAAGUGCUCAUUUUUGUUUUCCGUUCCGUGUCCAUACGCCAUUGGGGUGAAUGAGAAUAGGUCUGUGGCGCUUUCAUUAAAUCAGUUUUCUUUUUUUUUCUAUUACAUUAGUAUUUUGCUUCCUUUGAAUGAAGACUCCUUAUCAUUUCAGUGGAUUGUCAGUUUGAAUGGCUGAAAGUGUUUUUACUCAAGCUUAUACAGGUUGCUGUUCUGGCUCGUUGAAUCAUCUACGUUGUGUACAAAAGGAUCGUUUCUUAACUGCUUUUUUUCUUUUUUGGUAGGUUUUUUCUUUUUGUUUGGUUUUUUUCCCUCUCACUUUUAUAACUCUUGAGAAAAAAACGUGUUGGACAGUCACAUGUUUAGUUUUUGUUUUUUUAUUAUAUAACAUUUCUACUUCUUCCCUCUGGUUUGGUAUUUAAUUUAGAAUGUGCUCUAGAUUAAAUAAAAAAAAAAAGGCGCCAGCCAGAGAUGUUAAGUUCCCAGCAUGUUCUGGUUCCCAACUUGGAAAAGUGCUAGAAAAAAAAAUACACGAAGAUUGUCUUUUGGAGCCACUAAUGGCAUGGACAAACCAGCAUGAGUGAUAGUUGUCAUGUUAAAAAAAAAAAAAAAAGGGAAAAAAAAACGUUUUGCAUGAAUCUCGUGAGUUUUCAUAUUCGAGUCCUGCAGCACCCUCCAUCACCACCAACUUCCUGACGGGCAGCUAGGGGCUCGGAUCUAGCUGACGACAAAGAGCACAACGUUGUUGGCAAAAAAACAAACAAAAAAAAACACCGGCUUACAAACAAAAUGGCUGCUGAAAAACAUCGGAUAUGGCAGCUUCAUUUUCCUGUCAUAGCUUUCUUUACCCUGUAUUAUAGAAAACUGUCGUCCUUCUUCAUAGUUGUUAUGGUUUCUCAAUGAACAGUCCCUUUGUCUUGUCUGUAUACCUUUGACUGCCAUUGGUUUUUCUCCCUUUUUGUUAUUGAAUGUCCAUAUAAAAAUGUUUUAUAUAAAAUGUUUUGUUGUG